UUCAGUAUUAUUGAAGGGGAAAACAGGUUUUUGAUAUUAUACGUGCUAAUAUUCGUAACAUAUAUUUUUGUGGUGUAUUUAAUAGCUGAGGGCACAAAUAUUAGUGUAUCUAUUAAGUUCUCAACCAUAAAAAAUAUCUUUUAGACAGUUUUGAUAUAAAUGUAAAGCAUUUUAGAAAUUUCUAGAAAUACGAUUCAUUUUGGUACACAGAAGUAAUGGCGCCUACGAAGUUUGGGGUCUCUAAGGGCCGGAGUAGAGACCAGGGUGAUCAGCCCUCGAGCGACCACACUCCUACCUACCACAGCGAACAUGCGAGCACCUUGGAUUCGCCAGUGCCAUCGACCAGCAAGGGCAUAGUUUCUCAGGAACUGAAUCCAGCGGACAUCUUUCCAAUGCUAGACUUGGAUGACGAUGAUGAAGAGUUUACCGGGAUACCAUCAUCGCGUCGGAACAGCUUCGGAGCCAAUUUGGAAGAACAACAGGUAUUAUACCAAUCGUUCCAAGACGAAUCGACAUCCGCGAUAGACGAAUUAAAUCAAAUACAAAUAUACGACGAACCGGAAGUUCUCGAGGAUGAGGCCAGCACCACCUAUGACGCGAAUUCGCUGCAGUUUGAUGAAGCGUCCGUCACUGAGGAAAACUCGACAUACUGCGCUGUACUCAAGAAACCUAAGAAGAGCAAGUCCAAGGAACAGGAGCUGAAAGACCUCAACAUGUGGCAGGCCACCAAUUACGAAGUCAUGUCGAAUCUGCUAAACCGAAGUGGGACGAAGGACGAAAAAAUUAAAUGGCAGGCAAUAGCGACAGCAAGGGGGCUUUGCACGUUAACUGACAAUUGUACUUGCAAUGACUGCAAGGGCUCCUACCUUGUCGGAGUAUCGGAUGGGGACGCGGGGCUGGGCGCCGCCCCACUGUUCAGUACAAUGCAUUUGGGAUGUUCCAUACAGUAAUUUUAAAUGGAAAUUUUCCCGGGGCAUAAUAAUUAUUUGCACCCCUCUUCAGGAAGCUACGGCUGAGAAGAAGACAACCCAGCCGGAGACUAAAAAAGAUCAUGGCAAUGGAAAUUAAAAGCCUUCAUCGGUGCAAUUAUUGGAUGAGAAGUCUUUUAAAGAACACGUUUUUGUAUUGGAAACCGAGCGAAUAUUUUUGGCACACUUUAAACUUCAUAUAAUCAUGUAUUUGAUGUUAUGUAUCCUAGCUAUAGUUGUAUAAUCAUAGAAGUAGUGACAACUCAAUGUAUAUUCUGACAGGUUCCUUCAAAUUUAACCAGAUCUUAAUCACUCGGCCUAAAUCUGUGUGACUCUGUAAUUUAUUUCAUGGUGGUAGCACAAAACUAAACACUUUUACAAUAAGAGUAAGUUGUGUGUGAUAAAUAUUAUCUCAAAUCUUUUGUCGAAUUUAGUUCUGCAUCAUUCCAUUGUCCAAUAAUUAAAAAUAUUAUAAAAUAAAUAUAUUUUUAAAAUAAUUGUCCUAAAAAUUUGAGAGAAUUGAUACUUUAAUUAUUUUAGUAUAUAACGUAACUUACGUUCUCUCUGUGUUAUUUGAAUACACGAUACGCUUAUAUAUCAUUCUACUAUAGAAUUUUAAUUAAUAUUACACUAAGGAGGUAUGAUUUAAACUUUUAUGUGCCAAUAACAAGAUUAUUUAGAGAAUCAAGUUUCACUUUUAACUUUUUAAGGAAAGUAAACACUGGGAUUAUAACCAAAGAAUUGAUGUUUAAAUAUUUUUAUACUAUAUAUCAGACAAGAAUUCAAUUAGGUUGUGUUUUAUAAAAAAAAACUAUUAACUCACUGGAUGUUCUUCGAACGUUUUAAAUGCAGUGCACUAAAUAAAUUUAUAACGAGACGGCUUCAUUUAAAUGUUUAAUAUAAGGUAUAACAUUUUUCAUUACUUUACAAUAUUCUUACUUCACUUUGAAACACGUCAUUUUUAAAAAACCGCCAAUUUAACGUUGACAUUUGACUUCUGUUUUCAUUCCGCACUGAAUUCCUUUUUACAAUAUGUCGUUCAACAGGCAACUAUCUCUUGACAAACUUUUUUUUGUAUAUUCUCUUUAAUGUAUAAUUAAAAAGAACCCUUUACAUUCUUAUUUUAUUUAUCUAUGAUAAGAAUUGUGUAUACAAUAUUUUAACUUAUACUGUAAUCCCGACCUUUUCGAAAUAUAUAGAUAAUCUCCAUUGAAGGUCCAUUUUAAUAUUUGUACUGAUUGUAGUGUUGUUUUAAGAAAAUAUAUUUUUACUGUUUUGUUAAGCUCUUAAGUUGCAAUCGUUUUUUUUUUUAGUUUAAUAUUAUAAUUAGUAACUUAAUAACCGAUUAUUCAUGAACCCUUCUUCAUAAACAUAUAUAUUAAUAUAAAAAAUAUUUUCUUUUAAUUUAAAAUCUCGUUAUGCUAAUAAUUGAUUGUGUUUUGUAGCUUUAUACGCAUGAAAUGUGUUUAAAGUAGGACGGGCCCGAACUUUACUACCAAUUAAAAUGGUUUAGAGGCCUCUUAAUUGUAAGACUGAUUCGGUAAUUAAAACCAUGGUUAAGACAACCGUCAUUGGUACGUAAACGAUAAGAUUGUAAGAAGUUGGAUAAUUAUUAUUAUUUCUAUAUCCUUCUCGAACUUUCUUUUGUUUUUAAAUAUUAAAAAUGUUUAAGCUAUAAGAUAGCCUUUAAGUGACGUAACUGUUAAACGUACAUUUAUAAACUCUUUGAAUAUAAUUUCUUAAGUUAUUUUAUACAGCUGUAGUAAGUAUAAAUACUCGAACGAUAUUAUAGUUCCUAUAUAUUUUUUACUGCGGAAUCUCCAUAUCAUGGUCGCUAUUAAGUUUAAUUUUUUUUUCCAAUAAUUUCCUGUGUCAAUUUAAUUUUUAAAUAGUAACGGUAUUUUAUAAAUAUGGAUUGUAUUCAUUAUAUUGUAAUCUUUCAUAUAUUUUUGUAUCCUAAUUCUUAGAGUUUACAAUGACUGUAGUCUAGUUAUUUACAUAUUGUAUAUCUGUCUUUCACUUAUACAAGCUCUUAGUAAUUAAUCGGUGUUCGUAGUUGAUGUGUCACCUAAAUUGUGUUGUAAUAAAUAUUUGUG